AAAAAAACUCUUAGUUUAUUAAAUUAUCUUCCACUCACUCAACACUCUUUCUCUAUAUGAAUUCUAGAGAGAGGGUUCCCUCAGAUCGAACUCUUCCCUGAUCGAUCAAUUCUGGCAGGUACGUGACUCAGAUCGACCCCACUUUCCCGCAUUUUCUCUCCCAUUUUCUCUUCCACUUUCUCGGAAUAGUUUGAGAAUUGCUAUGAAUGAGGCAGCUUUAUCUCUUCAAAGCACUGAAACUGCGCUGUUCCGACUCCGCUUUUUGAGGUACAGAGCUUCGGUUUCCGCAAUGCCUUGUGGAAUCUCUGCGUUUCGAGGUUUCUUUCAACCUCAUUUUAAUAAAUUAUCAAGCCUCUCGCCAGCUGUGUUUUAAAGUGUAAACCCUAGCUUUGGUCAAAAGCUGAAGACAUUUUGUAGAUUUGAGUGUGCUUCUUGUUUUCUGGGUCGUUUCAACUUGUUUGAACUCAAAUAAUCUGAAAAUGGCGGUGUCGCUGUUGUAUAUCUGCGAUGGUGGUUUUUGAGUAUUUGUACGAACAAACCUAGGUUUAGCAAAAUUUGAAUUUUGGGAUUUGGACUUGAAAUGUCGUUUGGAUAUGGUGGUGUUUUUUAGUUCCCCGUAAAUUUAGGUCUUAUUUGGGUAUUCUGAGCAUUUGAUUUGACCCCAGGACCAGUAGAAGUGGCAAAUUUGGGGGGUUUUGAGGCCAAAGCGCUGAGAUCUGUGAAGAAUUCAAAGACAUUGAUGUUGAAAGCUUGGAGAGUACCGUCCAUGAAUUUAGCUGAUUCGGAUGUAAGGGCAGUUGUGGAAUAUCAUGAAAAUGGCAGUUUCUGUCACCAUUUGAGGGUUUAAUUCGGUGAUUUUGAAUUUCUAAAACAACCUGUGGUUGCUAAAAAGUGCAAAUUUUAGGGGACUUUGAAGGUGGAAAGCUGAGAUCUAUGUCAGGAGGUCCCAGAGUGAGGUCAAUGAAUGUAGCUGAUUCAGAGGUGAGGCCAGUCCUUGGACCUGCUGGAAACAAGACGAUGAGGUCGUUGAGUGGUCGGAAACCUGCAACAAAGCCUCUAAGGAAGGCAGAGAAAGCAACCAAAGAUGAUGAAGAGAUAAAAGCCCUUCCAUCAUCUAAUGGGGCUGCAUCAUCUCCACCAUCACAUUCUGUUAGUGUUCCAUUGGUGCUUCGUCGGCAGGAGCAGUUGUUGCAUUCUAAUUUAUCACUCAAUGCCUCAUGUUCAUCUGACGCCUCUACAGAUUCGUUUCAUAGUCGAGCAUCUACUGGUAGGAUCACUCGAUCAAGUAGUACAGCACGGAGGAGGUCAUACGCCUCCAAGCCAAAAGUCAUUGUUUCUGAUGGUGUGUCUGAAUCGCCACCUGAUGGUCUGAAAGCCAAAAGGAGGUGUGCAUGGGUGACACCAAAUACUGACUUGUCUUACAUUGCUUUCCAUGAUGAAGAAUGGGGAGUUCCAGUUCAUGAUGACAAGAAAUUGUUUGAGCUUCUUGUCCUUUCUGGUGCCUUGGCUGAACUCACAUGGCCUACCAUUCUCAGCAAGAGGCACAUUUUUAGGGAAGUCUUUGCGGAUUUUGAUCCAAUUGCUGUUGCAAAAUUGAACGAGAAGAAGUUAAUGGCACCAGGAAGCAUUGCUAGCUCUCUAAUAUCAGAGCUUAAGUUGCGUGGCAUCAUUGAGAAUGCACGACAAAUGUCCAAGGUCAUAGAUGAGUUUGGGUCGUUUGAUGAGUAUAUAUGGAGCUUUGUGAAUCACAAGCCAAUAGUUAGCAGGUUCCGGUAUCCUCGCCAUGUUCCAGUGAAGACUCCAAAAGCAGAUGUCAUAAGCAAGGACCUUGUGAGAAGAGGUUUCCGGAGUGUGGGGCCUACAGUCAUCUACUCAUUCAUGCAGGUGGCAGGAAUAACUAACGAUCAUCUUAUCAGUUGCUUCAGAUUCCAGGACUGUGUGACCGCUGCGGAAGUCAAGGAAGAGGAAAUCACUACUGGAGCAGCUGAAGAGAAGAAAAGCAAUGUGAUUGAAUCAGAAUUGUCCAGAGCUAUCGAUGAACUGAGUUUUUCAUCAGAAUGAUGUGCCAAAUGCCCUGUGGGUGGGUAGGUGGGCGGGCUGGCAGGUGGGUGGGGGCGGGCACGCAGGCAGGCAGGCAUGCAGGUGGCGCUUCAAGGUCAAUCAUCAAUUUUACCAUGUUGACUGGUUUUUAGCUGCUCUUUACAACUGGGUGGCUACGAAGGUUGUGUAUAAAAUUUCAUGAAUUUGCUGCGCAACAUGGAUUGGUAGAUUGUAGAUUACUAAAAGCCGAAUUGGAUUAACUGGUGAUCGUGUUGUGGAAGGGAAGGAAGCUGUCAUGGGGAAUUUAUAAAAAAAAAACAAAAAAUAAAAAACAAAAAAAUCAGUGUACAAUUAUUUGUA